AACCAGAUGUAGUUCCUGCUGAUGAUUCAUAACUGCACACGACAGACAAAGCGAAGAAAGGAUUUCGCUACUUCCAAACAACAUGAGCUACCUACAUAAAUCUAAUUUGUUUUGAAGAUCUCUUUUGCUGUCUGCAUUUGUACACGUACAACAUAUUUGUAAAACUUGAUGGAUGUUCAGCACGACCAAUUGUACCUCAUUGCAAUGGAAUUGUUUCAGGUUUCAUUUACAAAGACUCUCUAAAAAGACUUUGUUUAAUCGCCAUUAAUUCACGUUGAGAAAAUCCGGAGAAGAUGGCUUCUCUCAUCUCAGAAAACUUCAAAUUUAUUGCACUCUUCUUCAGGAGUAAGGAUGUCAUGAUCUUCAAUGGUCUGAUAGGUUUAGGGACAGUGGCCAGUCAGACAGCAUACAAUAUUUUUGCAUUUAACUGUCCAUGUUCACCAAAGAAAAAUUACCUGUACGGUCUGGCUGCCAUUGGUGUACCAGCUCUGGCUUUUUUUGUGAUUGGCUUGACGCUCAAUCGAAAUACCUGGGAUGUUGUGUCCGAGUGUCGCACCAGAAAAUGCCGGAAACUAUCGGUGACUGCUGCUUUUGCUCUUUUGGGCUCUAUUGUGGGCAGAGCAGUCGUUGCCCCCAUCACUUGGUCUGUUAUUUCCCUCCUGAGAGGGGAGGCGUAUGUCUGUGCUUUAAGUGAGUUUGUAGACCCCUCUUCUCUGGAUAAUUUCCCUCCUACUACAAAGAUUCCAGAAAUCAUGGCCCGGUUUCCAUGUAAGGAUGUACCUGCUCCAUAUAUGAACUACUCAAGAGUGAUUGAACGCCAGUUAAAGUAUGAAUCCCAGUUGUUGGGCUGGAUGCUGGUGGGAAUCAUCUCCCUUACUGUGUUUCUGCUUCUCUGUCUAAAACACUGCUGCUCUACCCUUGGCUACCAGCAGGAGGCGUACUGGUCCCAGUAUCGUUCCAGCGAACAAGAUCUUUUCCAGCGUACAGCUGAAGUGUAUGCUAAAUACAAUGCUGUUGAAUGUGUCAAGAGCUUCUUUGGCUUUGCAGCCAUAGAUAAUCAGGAGAAGGAGCUUCUAGCAAACUGUCAGGGAAUCAAGAGUGUCAUACCCAGAAUGGAGUGGAACCGCGUCACUGGAGUUUACAUGUACAGAGAGGUUGAUGACACUCCCCUGUACAGUCGCUUGAACAAAUGGGACAUGUAUACAAAGGAGCUCAGCAAUUGAAAAAGAUUUUGGGGGUAAUAGGUUGGGGGUUUUUGUUUUGUCUUCAGUGGCCCUUUUAUACAUUCUGAAUUCUUUUUUUUUUUUGCAUGGUAAACAUCAUUUUAUUAUGUCUUUGAAGGCUGUAAUUCCGAUUUUUCAUUUUUUUUUUUUAAAUACACAUUAUGAUAUGUUUUAGCUUUGUAGAUAGGCGAUUGGCAGGUUAAAAGGUUAUAUUUUCAUACUGCACAACAGACUAUUUAGCGUCUGUUUUAUGAGACACGAUGUACUCUCAGGUUGAGGUUGACCUCUUGUUAUCCUUUGCUAAGCAAUAAAGUGCAUUUGAAAAAUUA